GAAAAAAAACAAAAAUUCUGGUAUAUUCAAAAAAACAAAAAAAAUUACAACACCGAACCAAUGAAAGAACAACAGUAACAUUUCUUAAUUUGGACAUUGUCAUGGCAAAUAUUCUGAUCUAUAUAUAGCGAUUAUUAUAAAAGGGGGUUUGUUUCUGGUACAGAUCGUCGCUAUAUAUAUUUGUCUAAGAAAUUCAUGAUGAAGUUUAUUAUUAAUGUUGAUGAUGAUAGAUUUUUUUUUAUAUAUUGAAUCGCUACCACCAACUUUACACUCCAUAGCCGAAUAAAUUCUCAAGGAAAACGCCCACACACACACACGCCUGCCAGAUCUAAAAAAUUCGCUAUUCCAGACAAUGGUUGAAUUCAAAUAGCCAAAAAAAAACCAAAACAAGACUGUAUUCAUUCAUCUGAUCGAAAAACUCUAUGGAUCAAUUUCGAAUGUGAACACACUCUCUAUCUCUAUAAUAAUGGAUCUAUCAAAUCAAUAAUUUUUCCAGAAUUUUUUUUGCCCCAACUCUGAUUAUGAAGAAGAAAAAUUUUUUAACACAAUCCAGCCAUAUACAAUUAUUCCAGAUUUUAAAUUAAAAUUUAUUCACUCAAUCAUGGGACAAGUUGUUACAUGUUUUGGUACGAAAUCUACAACGGAUUCAACAGCGGCCACUACCAUAUUGACAACGAAUGAAACGACAAAAAAUAAAAAAGAGAAAAAAAUCAAAGAAAAAAAAGAGAAACCACCGAAAAAAGAACCGAAAGAAAAACCGAUGAAAGAAGGAAAAUCUAAAUCCAAAAAUUCAGAAAAUAAUGAUGUUAACAACAAUAAUCAAAAACAAAAUGAAUCAUCGGCAAAAGAUUCAAAAACCACAAAAUCAUUAAAUGGUACUAGUGGUAAAAGUGGUUCAGCAAGUACGGCCAAAGUUCGUCCAAUGACACCAUCUCAAGCAGCAGCAACGGAAAAUAUUCCUAAACCAGUAGCCUUUGAAAUCACUGUGGAUGAAAAGACAAAAGAAUUGACCAAUGUUGUCAUCAAUGAUGGUGAAUCGAUUCGUGAUAAAAUUAUCAAAGGUGUUGGAUCAUUGGCCAAUGCUGUCGGUAUGAAUGGUGGUGGUAGUGGUGGUGGUGGUGGUGGAAAUAACAACACCACUAAUCAAACUAAUGGAAAUCAAAUGGAUGCAAUAAAAAACAAUGAAGAAAUAACAACGGCUGAUCAAUCAAAAUUUCAGGCACGUUUUCCGCGUCGUUUACCAAAGUUAAGUUCAUUAGGUAAAUCAUGGUCAACGAAUCAGGAACAGAAAACUAAUGAAGAAAUUAUACAGAAGCAGAAAAAAGCCGAAGAAAAACGUAAUGAAAUACUUGAAGGUAAAAAACAGAAAGCAAGAAAAUUUGUAGAAAAAUUUACGACAACAAAUACAAAUAAUAAAAGUCAAGAUGAUGAUGAUAAUAAUCAAAAUGAUGAUGAUAAUCAAGACAAAAACGUUACUGGAAAUGAGAUUGAUUCGAAUAAUCAACGACCACCAUCAUCAUUAUCAACAGCAGCAGCAGUAAAACCAUCAGCUCCACCAUCAUCGGCAACAAAAUCGGUUAGAUCGCGUCCACCAUCAACAGCUUUACAACAGCCAACUUCGGAUGGUGGUAAUGAAAAUCCUAUCAUUACUGUUGGACAACCAUCCACAUCAACGGAUUCUGCUCUUGAAACAUUCUACGAUGAUAAUAAUGGUGACGGUGGUGGUGGCGGCGGUGGAAAUCAACAAAAUUCAACAAACGAGGUUGUCCAAUCUACAAAUGACGAUUAAAAUCUUUACCCAACAUCAACAAUAUUCCUAUAUCACAUAUUUGAAACCGACAAAAAAAAAAUUCUUAUAACCUAAUUGAUUUAUGAUUUAUUCACCAUAUAUUACACUUUACAUUAUCACAGAUUCAAUAAUUAACAAUAUUCAAUUGUGAAUCUAUAAUAAUCUUUAAUUGAUAAAUGAUGAUAAAGAUUUAUUUAUUGAAAA